UUGCGCACAAGACAGUCAGUGAUCUCCUAACAGCCGUUUAGCACCACAGCGUCCCAGCAGCGGAGGCAGAGCGGGGAGACCGCGCAAGCUGGAGGACUUGUUGAGAUAACUCGCUGAUUAAGCGGAUAUCGAUCGAAACGAGACAUUCUCCUGCACAGAUUCAGCCCGAGACUUCCACGCAUCCUGGCCGGACUCCUCAGGAGGGACAUCUCCAGGAUCGUUACGCGCAACUUUUACGCACAACCUGCCGAUGAGCACAUCUCGACGCGCUGCCCGCGUUCCGUGCAGCACGGAUUACUACAGUUUGUGCUCCCACAGGUGUGAUUAUGUUAAGCGUGCGAACUGCAGGGAUGGAUGAAACGAUCCGCUCCGCGCUCUGCUGAAACGAGACCGAGCCACGGACACUGGGAACGAGUCUGGAACAGCGAGCCGCUCCGGGUGCCAAAAUGAGCCUUUACUACCCGAGCUGGAGGACCUUACACAUAUUCUUUGCCGCGAUUACAGCAGUUCUCACACAAGAUUUGAGCAGUAAAGAGCUGCUGGACAGCAGGAGUCCAGCGCUCAGUGCCUUCCUGCAGGUCAACUACGAAGUCCGAGAUGCUGACUACCUCUUCCUGAAGGAGGCUGGGCAGGACUUCAUGAGGAACUCCAGCAUGCAGACUCACACGCAGCCCUUCGUUAUCUUAAGAACCAGUCGCCAGCCAGCUGUCAACGCCAGCUACGGCACCAUGUCCACAGAGCAGCCCGUGUCCCUGGACCUCGUCCAGUCGGUGCAGCUCUUCAAUGCUCCAGAGGUCUCUACUUUCAACUGGAAAAUCCAGGCCUUUGUGCUGACGCCGCGGGUUUUCUCCUCCAAGCCCAAAGUGCGCGUGCUCUUCUAUGUUGCGGGCAGGGACUGGGGCAGGGGAGAGGGAACUGUGGAUGAGCUGCCAUGUGUGACGGUGUUUGCGUUCUGGCAGACCCAGGAGGUGAGGGGCUCCUGUAGCAUGGGAGGCGAGAGGGGAACCUGCAUGGCUGAGCUGGCUCCCGCUCCCGGCUGGUUUGCUCCAGGGUCAGAGGGCACCAGCAGAGAGAGGCAGGACCCAUCUACUGGGAACCCUGUGGAGCUGUACUACCAGGCGCAGCCCAAAGUCAACGGGAGGUGCAAUUCAGUGGACGGAAGUCGUUGGGGAGGCCCACAGCAGCAGGCGGAGUACGUUCCCCUCACUCCCAUGCAGAGGAUUGGCAGCGUGCGACUUCUGCAGGUGCCAAAAGGAAUGGCAACGCUCUCCAGGCUCAAGCUUGGCAAUGCUAUAGUCAUACGAACAUCCUCCAAACCGCUGAAGAAGACCGACAUCGCCACCUUCUACAUACUCAUGGCCAGCUCUGCUCAGCUGAUCAACUUCACUCUCAGAGCGACAGUAAAGAAAGGUGUGACCUUUCGAACAGCGACACCCAGUAACUCCUUUCUGUGGGACAUCACUCUGGAUAUGGGUGCUGAUGGCGCUAUUGCUGUUGUUUGUCAGAGGAAGGCUCCCAUUCCUGGGAAAAGGCUCGAGAGCAGUCUGCUGGAGGUGCUGCAGAUGGACUUCGAGGUGGACGAGCUAAGCAGCCCUCUCGACAGUCAGGUGAUCAUCUGGAAGCUGGAACUGCCAAACACAUUCAAGAAUGACGCCAAGACUGAAGGAGCCAUGAGGAUCUACACCACUCAGAGAGACUUCGUUGGCCUGGCCCCUCUUGUGAUGGACACAGAGAUCCUGAAUACGGCUAUCCUGACUGGAAAGAAGGUGGUAAUGCCUGUGAGGACAGUAGCUGUGGAAGAAGACGGAGUCGUAACUGAUGUGUCUGACUACACAGACUGUAGCUCCACUGAUGAAGAUGUUCUCAAGGUGUCGGACAGGUGCGACUAUGUUUUUGUGAAUGGCAAAGAGACGAGGGGCAAGGUGAAGAUGAUGGUAAACUUUACCUAUAGCUACCUGAGUGCUCAGCUUGAACUGAACGUCUGGAUGCCCCGACUCCCCCUCCAGAUCGAGGUGUCAGACACAGAGCUGAGCCAGAUCAAAAGCUGGAGGGUCCCCAUACUGACCUCGAAAAGAGCUGGCUGGAACAGUGAGGAAGACGACAAGAAGGGGAAGGGCUGCAUGCUCCAGUUUCAGCAUGCCAUGGUGCGGGUGCUGACUCACUUUAUGGCCAAGCAGGAAGACCCUCGGGAUCCUAAGGUCUACUUCCUGGGCUCGGAUUGGCAGGUGGAUGUCACGAAGCUUGUUCGAUACUUCAUGAAGGUGGAGGACACUCGAGUGGCAAGGCUGCAGGCAGGAAGGGUGCUGUCAGGGCGAGACCUUGGGACCACCAGCAUCCAGGUGUUUUCUCCACUGUCUGACACAAUCUUGGCAAAAACAACCAUCAAAGUCGUGGAUGACAAAGUGACCAUUUCAGAGUUGGGGGUCCAAGUGGUUACAGGGCUCUCCAUGACUUUACAGCUAAGCACUGGAAGCAACAGGGCCAUCCUGGCUACCACGACCGCACAGGAGGUUCUACAGAGCCCCAAACAGGAAGCUUUGGUGAGUGCCUGGGUGAUGUUCAGUGAUGGAAAUCAGACACCUCUUGACAUAUAUGAUCCUGCUUACUAUCGAUUGACGGUGACAUCUCUAGAUCAGGGGGUGGUGUCAGUGCAGGGCACGCCCCCUACUGUGGUGGCAGAGGGUGAAGGCGAGGGAGUCCUGGUCAGAGUAGAGAUGUCCAUCUGUGAGGCCUGCCAAAAGUCCAAACGCAAAAGCACUGUGGCUGUGGGCAACGGCAACCUCAAGGUCAAGUUUCAGGUCAACAGCAGGCGCCCAGGUGGAAAUACUAGCAGCAACAACAGCAGCACUGUCAGCUACAAGGAAAGUGGCAAUGAUAGGAAUGAUGGGGACGAGGUGGACAGCGAGAGGAAGCGAAGAAGGCCGUCCCAGGAUCCUCCAGUGCGCAGCUCAACCUCUGAUAAAGAGGAGAGUGCCGUGCAAAAGAUCACAACCACAAUCAAGUCUACACAGUGGACCUUCUUGACCAGUGGGACCCUCGGAGGUGUAGGUAAGACCGACAAUUCAGGAAACCCCAGCAUCCCAACAAGUGUGGUGAAUAUCAGCAUGAUGAGCAGCCCUAGUGACAAGCAAAGCAAAGCAUAUGGCUCAGACAAUAUGAUUGUGGAGGAUAUGAGCAGUGUUAGCUUUACUAGCACUGUGAAGGCCCCUGGGAACCUGGUAAACUAUAAUAACUUCCCCACCAAGGUAGGAGUACCUGGGCAGGAGACAGAGACAGAAAUAGGCAGUGAAGACAUGUUGGUCAACCGACCGCUCACCGACUUGGAGAUUGGCAUGUACGCUCUGUUGGGUGUCUUUUGCCUGGCCAUCCUGGUUUUCCUGGUUAAUUGCAUCUCAUACGUUGUUAAGUUCAGGCACAAGAAGCCUCCCUCUCAUGGCCAGGAGCCCACAGGACACAGACAUGACUGGGUAUGGCUCGGCACGGAUGCCGAGCUGGUGAUGAGCGUGCCAGGCAGUCCUGUCCAGCAAGGCCCCCAGACAACAACCACUGUCAUAGACAUUGGGCCUGACAAGUCUGUCUCUCUGUCCAGGAGGCCCAGCUGCCUGGCCUCUGUCACAGACUCUCCCGUCAGCUGCAUGGGCUCCAACAGGAGCAAGGCUAUGCACAGUGAGUCCGUCCACUCGCCCACAAGCAAGAGAAAGAGGGUCCAGUUCACCACCUUCUCCACCAUGGAACGCCAUCAUUCACCACAUCUCCCACCCAGGGAGAACGGCCAUGGCAUCCACUGGGUUGGGAAGCAGGACAGUUGUGAGGAGGAACCCCAAGUGCCCAUUACAGAGCCAGGGGAAGAGUUAUAAUACAAAAGAAAUGGACUUCACAUGUACAGUUGAUAUGGCUUUGGUCACCUCAAUGCCUUUGUUAACUCCAACAACUGUCUAGAAUAUGUGAUUUUGGAAUUGCCCUCUACAUUUCAUUACCUAUCAAGGCCUUUUACAUGUACAUGUACUGUAUAUUAUUGUUAAUAUCAGACUGUGGAGAUGUGUAGUAAUGUUUAAGAUGGUUGACCCGAAGGACUUUUAUUUACACAAUGUUUAAAGCCACCAAAUGUUAAUGCUGCAUGUGAACGUCUUCUUCUCUACGGUUUUGCACUCACAUGCUGGUAUUUAUCAUACAAAGACACACUGAAAAAGUAUCCCAAAUAAAAAUUACAGUAUAGUUAUUACCAGUAAUCAGUAUGACAGAUAUGGGUUUCACCAAAAAUGUGGCUUUAAUUAAGCAUAAUUCUAAAUGAAAUGGGUGUUUCGAUUAUGUAUUAUCAAAGACCCUUUGUAAAUUUAAGUUGAUCUUAUUUUCAUUUUUGUUUUUUUCAUUAAAAUACAAUGAUCGUGAAAAACUGCCUUUGACUUGAUUUUCAACAAGUUUUUACUAGAGCCAUAUGCAGGUUGGACACUGAUGUUUCUCUACAUGUUGUGCAAUGCUCAGUUUCAAAAUUGCAUAAAAAAUGUGUCUGCUCUUUUGACAGAACAUUCAUGUUUUUCCUCACCCGCCAUGCCCCCCAAAUCAACCAAGUACAAAUUACGAGAACCUUUUGUGCCUUUCCUUUGCUCGAAACUUGCAACCAAACCACUGCACUUUAUUAAAAAUGAAUGAAGUGGCGGACAGACUGCAAGUAAAAGACUUAUUUCAGCAAAACUACAUUGGACUACACAAUCGAGAUUUAAUGGCAGAAUUUUCUGAAUGACAAAUAGACACGUUUUCUUAAUAGAGGGAACAAUAUUUUUUAAAACUCAUACAUUUUCAGACAUGGCAGUAUCUGAGGGACACAAAGAGAAAUAAAAAGGACACUGGCUGCAUUUGGUUGGGCACAAGCAUGCAGGAGCUUGUGUUGCAUUUAUUGAAACAGUUCCAAACCCUGGCUGAGAUUAGAACUGUUGUGUUAAUAUUGACAUUUUUUCUUCACUGGAAGGGCAGUAUAUCAUGUCUUAUCUACCAAGGGGACAUUCAAGAGGGCACAUGUGCAGCUUUUUUUUUUUAUUUUUUUUUUACAUAGGGAGUGCAACAGUCUUUUCAGAUUA